AUGCGCAACCUCUGGGCGCAAGUUCUUGAAUUCCGUGGCAUCUACCUGUACCUGGGUGCUGGCUGGAGUACUACCCAGGUCUGGGCACUGCGCAGAGACUGA